CUGACUAUUGGAACUCUGUAUCUGAGGAAAUUGGAAUGCCGUGAUUUUCAUACUCGUAGCGGGAGCAGAGUACUUGAGUAGGUAGACGCAAGUCGGCCCCGCUACCGUGUUCGAUAUGAUGGGUUCGACGAAAUAUGACAGUGCGGUAUCUAAUCCACUCAUUUCGGGAUUUGUAUCGGGAAACCCGAAUACGAAAUACGAAUCGUCGCUCGGCCCGGUACCCCUACUCGCUUUGGCGUCGCCGACAGUAAGAGAACCAGUUUCGAGUGAACAUGAUGAGCCUUUCAAUUUUCGAGAUCUACAUCGUGACCUCGAGGGAAUAGAGGCAUCUAUGAUUGUUAGAGCUUGGUCUGCUUGUCUCGGCAUUGCGGCUCUUCUAGAUUUUUCUGCUGCGAUGGUGAGGCGACUCCUGUCUAAUUCAGUCCUGCGCGAGGAAAGGGAAACCAAGAAUUCGAUGGAAAUACUACCUCGAAACAGAACUACUGACAAAGUGGUGGAAUUUCUCCAAGAGAACUCGUUUGCCUUUGGAAUAGCCUUUUCUUUGAUGUGGUUCGUCGACUCCUUUGUAGAGGCUAAGCGGCGCAAGAACGAGGCUUUCCGAACAAUUGAUCGCGCCCACCUGCUAGGGGAGACACACAACGAAAACAGCAAGACGAAUUUCUGGAAACUGCCUUUGGUAGUCUACUACAAGGCAAUUUCCGUACAACUCCUUCUUCUUCCCGUUGGGUUUUUUGUCUUUGCCUAUAGUGCCAUGACUUGGCUCAGCGACCCUUGUUGCGAAGACCAAAUUAUUCAAAUUGUGCAUCGGACGGACAAAGACGAUGUUCCAGACGAGUAUGAUUCCUUUACGAAAUACGCCAAUACGGACUGGCUACCAUUUUAA